AUGCAGUCCCAAGCAAUAAAAGCCGCCGGCCAGGUCUGGCUCUCCGGUCAGAUCCCUGCGGACGCGCAAGGUAAUCUAGUCAAGGGCUCAACUGUCGAGAAGACCAAAGUCAUCAUCCAGAAUACCAAAGCUAUUCUUCAAGAGGCCGGCUCCGGACUGGACCGGGUUGUCAAAGUGGUUGUGUAUGUUAGAGACGCCAGUAUAAUGCCUGACUUUGCCUCUGUGUAUGACCCCGCGUUUCCGCAUCGUCCGGCACGGUCUAUGGUGGAAGUAUCCAAAUUGCCUGCUGGGGUAGAUAUUCAGGUGGAUUUCAUUGCUGUUGUGUAA